AUGGCCGCGCCGGGGAACAAGUUCUUCAUCCAGGAGAAGCUGAAGCUGACGGCGCCUCAUCACGAGAGCUUCAAGGCGCUGUGGGAGACGAAAUGGAAGAUUCCGUGUAAGAUGGGUAUAUACCCAUUCAUGUACGGCGCCAUCGCCGAUUUCCAACCCGUCGUCGACGCCAUCGUCGCCAAGGGGCUAAAGAGACCCUACGACUGGGACGAGUACGCGCAAUGUUUUUUCCCUACAGCAGAGGAACUCGUAGCCCACGCCAGAGCCGCCGAGGACGAAGGCGACAAGGAAAAGGCGUCGGAGUUGUACCUACGCGGCUCAGCCCUCUACCGCAUCGCGCGCUUCCCCGCCCCGCGUUCCGAGAAACAGGUUUACGCGUGGGAAAAGGGCAAAGAAGCCGCGAUCAAGGGGCUUAGUCUGGAGCGGUACCCCACGGCCGCCGUGGAGAUCCCGCACGUCCACGCGGUUAACGGCGACGGGCCCACACUCCCCGGUUUCUUCCACUUACCUGCGUCGGCGUCUGCCUCGAGUAAGGUGCCGCUGGUCAUCAUAUUCACGGGCCUCGACGGAUACCGCACCGAGCUCUCGGUGUGGAAGACGGGGUGGGCGCAGUUGGGGUGCGCGACGCUGGUUGUUGAAAUACCCGGCACCGGCGAUAACCCCGGGGCACCGAAUGAUCCGGCGAGCCCGGAUAGGGUGUGGAGUAGCUUGUUCGAGUGGGUGGCGCGGCAGGAGGGGAUUGAUCAGGGCCGUGUCAUUAAUUGGGGGUUUAGCACCGGGGGUUACUACUCGAUACGCAUGGCGCACACGCAUGCUGAUAAGCUGAAGGGCGUGGUGGCGCUGGGGGGCGGUGUGCAUUAUAUGUUCGACCCGGAGUGGUUGGAUGCUGUGGAUGACUUGGAGUAUCCUUUCGACCUAGCUCAUACGCUCUGUCAUAAAUUCGGAUACACGGAUUUCGAGCAGUUCAAGAAGGAGGCACAGGACAAGUUCUCCCUGUUGAGGACUGGGAUAUUGGAUAAGCCGUGUACGCGGCUCUUACUCGUUAAUGGUACCGAAGACGAGAUCUUCCCGAUCGAUGACUAUUAUCUGUGUCUGCUACACGGAGGUCCUAAAGAAGCUCGUUUUGUCCCGGGAACCAAGCACAUGGGCGAACCUGAAUCUUUUUCUAUUAUUUUGAAGUGGGUCUUUAAGCUGUUGGAUAUCGAUGGAGAUGUUGGUCGGUUUUUAUCAACUAUUCCAUUCAAACCGAAGUACGAGGUAUCGAGGUAG